AUGCCGCGAAUAUCAUCCGCGUCCCGCCAAGUCCACGGCCGAUCCCACGUACCGACCCGGGAGGCAUCGUCCCGCGGUCGGCCAAAUCACUUUCACAUGCCCGAAGCUGCGCACGACCACGCCGCGCGAACAGGAAGACAACGCCUCGCGGCGGCGCGGCACAACUCAUGUACCGCGGCCGACCCAUCCAUCCGACCAAGAAGGUUUCGCCCCGCGACCGGCCAAGAUUCAUCGGCCAAAACCUUUCAUCCAUCCGACCCCGUCGGCCGAACACGAAAACUCUCGGCCACGAUCGUUCCGACCGUGCCGAUAGCCGACCACGAUCGUUCCGACCGUGCCGAUAGCCGACCACGAGCCGACGACCGUCCGAACGGUCUGGUCGACCCGAAGCCGUUUCUGAAGCCCGUUUCAAGCCCAAUGCCGGCGCCGACUUACUAG